ACUGUUGUCAACCUGAAGUCUCCACGUGAUCAUGUGACUGAGGCCAGCACGCGGGAACAAGAACGAUUCAUUUUCUGCAACUAUCUGCAUAUAUCCGUAUCUUAUUUUUGUACUGUAUAUGUGAUUACGUUUCGUGUCUGUACUUAUUACUCUGGACAAAGGUGAUGUUGACUAAUAAACUGCUGACCCUGGUGCUGGUGGUGCAGCCCAGCCGGGUGUUGUUGGGCAUGAAGAAAAGAGGCUUUGGAGCUGGCAAAUGGAAUGGGUUUGGAGGGAAAGUCCAGCCAGGAGAGACUAUAGAGCAGGCGGCCAGACGGGAGCUGCUAGAGGAAAGUGGCCUCACUGUUGACACCCUCCACAAGAUUGGAAAUAUUAAAUUUGAGUUUAUUGGGGAAACAGAACUGCUGGAUGUCCACAUUUUUAGAGCGGACACCUAUAAAGGAGAGCCAAGCGAAUCAGAGGAGAUGAGGCCACAGUGGUUUGACACGGAUAAAAUACCUUUCAGCCAGAUGUGGGCAGAUGAUGUCCUGUGGUUCCCACUGAUGCUUCAGAAAAAGAAGUUCUUGGGAUAUUUUAAAUUCCACGGUCAUGAAGUGAUAGUGGAGCACAAGCUGGAGGAAGUGGAGGAUGUGUGAUUGGGGUUUGAAUACCACGGAUGAACACUGCCACUGUAUCAGUGGAAAUGAUCCAGCUACGUGGUUUCAUGGAUGCUACGUGAAAUCAUGAGGUAGGAUGGAAUAAAUGUCCUGCGGUUUGUAUAAGCAUACUUUUUUUUUGCAAGGAUAAAGGUGUUAUCUGUUAGUUCAGUGUUACUGGUUAAAUUCAUACAUGUGUAUAUUCUGUUUUCUUUUUACCUCCUUCUUUGUCCAUCAUUACUGCAAUGGUUGGUCUGUAGAGUACAUCAAAACUCAUACCUUUCUUAUAAAGAUGUUUCACAUUUCUCCAUCUGUCAUCUGCUAAAUAUAAUCCUGGAAAGUGCAGAAUAAAACUAAUUGUCUGUCUGAAUAUGUACACAAACUGAAUGUAAUGUAGGUGAUAAUAAUUCUCAAAACAUUUGUCCUCUGUGACCAGGAGGUGGCAGGAUUGAAUAUGUAUUGGAGUACAACAACAGUUUCCAUUUCUUUAAUGCCUCUCACCUAGUAGAAACAUAAAGACAUACAGUCAAUAAUAAUAAGCUCUGUUUUGUAGAAUGUUAAACAGUUAAGACAGCAACAUGUGUGGUACGUGCAUUAUCCAGAAACAACAACUUUAUGGUAAAAGUAAAAUGUUUUUCACACACAUGUUGAAGUAUAAUUCACUUGAUCGCUGACUAGCGGUGAGAAAAUUUCAGACCUUCACGAUUUAUUGAAUGAAAACAGGUCUUUGGAGUAUAGAGCAGCUAAUAAUAAGCAAUUAAUAACCAUGCUCGUUGUAUUUACUACUUAAAACGUUUCGAAUCUCUGAAACAAAACAGAAAGUGUUUGCAUGCAUACACUACUGUUCAGAAGUUUGAAUACCUCACGGGGAACGCUCAGCAAGAAUACAGGUAUACUAUUCCUGCUCAAAAUAUUCAUUCUUGUCAUUGAGGGAAACAUUUGUGCCGAUUCAAGUUGACUUUAUACUUUAAUGAACGGGAAGUACAAAAGAACAGCAUUUAUUUGAAACAGGAUCUUUAGUAAUAUAAAUGUCUUCACUGUGACUUUUGCUAAAUUACAAUGUUUAUUUCCUUCAAAAAAUAAAAUCUUGCUAAAUCCAGA